AUGUAUUGGUUUUUGAUGAUAGGAUUGUUUUUAUUAAUUAAUAAUUCAAUAGGAUGUAAAAGACCUUCAUUAUCACAAAUAACUGCUCAAAAAGAUUUUUGUCUAGAAAAGUUUCUUGGUCAAUGGCACCAAAUAAAAUGGUAUACAAGUGAAAUAAAUCAUAAUCCAUCUGAGUCAUGGACUGAUUAUUCUCAAUUUUUUGCAUUAGACAAUUGUAUUAAUCAACAUGUUCUUGCUUUCGGUAGAGCACGAUUACCUAAUGGAACAGAAUGUUUUUCAUUUGGUCCAUGGUCAAUUUUUGCAUAUAAUGGUGCAAAAAUGAUUGUUGAAACAGACGAUAUCAAUAAGAAUACAAAAGUUAAUUGGCCUUAUAUUAUAUUAAAAACCGAUUAUACUCAUUAUGCAUUAAUAUAUACAUGUAUAACAAAAGGUGCUACACGAAAUGAUCCAUGUACAGAAGAAGUAGUAGAAGUAUUCAGUCGAACAACAACCUUAGCAAAAAAAUAUUUAACUGAAAUUGAUAAUUAUAUUAAAAAUAUCUUAUGUGUUGAUCUAAACAAAUUUGAACCAAUUGUAUAUCGUACACCACUGUGCUUUCCAGAUAGGUGCAGAAACGUCCAUAAAGAUGGAUAUUUUCCCUGGGCGAAAAAAUAA